AUGCGUGAGGCCAGCGAUAUCAGACAGUGUGUGCAGGAGCCGAUUCAAGUUCGCCGGUCGAGUCUGAGGCUGAAGGAAGCUCAACGGAUGCAGCAUAUGGAUGAAAUGAUCCAGGAUCAUUUGCGUCGAAAUCCAAAGAUUCUUAAGCCUGAGGGCGUCGCCAGGGAUUGGGAAUUUCGUGAGGCAGUGAGGAAGCGAUUCGGCAUCAUCUACCACAAGACUCUGAGGAGUUGGGCCUAUCGUUCAUCUCAAGGAUGUAUGCGGUACAAGGCUUGCUCGAAUGAAGGGGUCCUCAGUACGUUGAGGAUUAUCUGUAAGCAGCAAGCUGAUACCGAAGGGGUAGAAGGCUUCAAUACUGCUGAUGGAAGUCGAAAGCGAAAAUUCCAAGGGGGGCCAUCGGCGUCGAAGCAGUCGGUCAACCGUCUCGAGGAGCCGCCUGUUACGAGUACCAUGGUCUCGGGAGCAGCUGAGCAGGGAAGACUUCCGGAUCUACCGGACGGUGUAAUGGCGAAGCUUCGGCGGUUUGAAGAGGGAGUUGCAGUCGACUCACGGUCAGCGGACCUUGAUCGUAUCGCGGUUUUAAGGGCGGAAGUAGAGAACUGGAAAGACAAGGCGAGAGCGAUGGAGAAGGAGCGGGAAGCAGCCGUGGAAGAGCUCGAACGCGUUCGAAAGGAUAACGAAGAGAAGCUAACGUUGAGGGGAGAGUUGAAGACUCUGCAGGGGGCGACGGAGGCUCUAAAAGAAAUGGUAUCGGCCGCUAAGGAGUUCGGGCGUGUAGAAGAUGGUGCUG